GAUCCAGCCCCGGGUCGACUCCCCGCGACCCCCAGGAUGCCAGAGGCCAAGAGCUCCCGCCAGGACCCCCUGCGAUGGACGAAGAAGCCGGUGCGCCGCUCGGUCAGCCAGAUCUGCCCGCCCCCGCGGCGGCCCCUGACCGUGGCCGACAUCCGGCCGGGCAUGGAGAACGAGAGGCUGGGGGUCGUGCGGGAUUCCAUGUUUCAGAACCCGCUCAUCGUCAAGGCUGAGCUCGGGAAGCCCCGGGAGCAGAGCUGCAGCCUCCCUGGCAUCGACUUCAACUACGGGCUCUACGUCCGUGGGCUGGACGGCGGGGUCCCUGAAGCCAUCGGACACUGGAACGUGUUUAAGCCGCAGCCCACCCGCCACCAGGAGCUGAACCGGGAUUACAUCGCCACGAAUCGCGGGGCGGUGAAGGCGGGCCUGGUGACCGCCCGGGAGACGCUCCUGUACAAGCAGCUCAACGACUUCCGCGUCAGCAGCAAGGACAACCGGCGCUACCGGAAGGAGCCCACCUUCAUCCCUCCAAACAUGACCUUCGGGAUCCAGGCCCGGCCUUCCACGCCCCUGUUCGACCUGCUGCAGCACCAGUACCAGAAGCUGUGGGUGCAGGAGCAGAAGGCCACCCAGAAAGCCAUCAAACUGGAGAAGAAGCAGAAGGUGAGCCUCGGGAAGCUUUAUGAGACCCGGAGCAGCCAGCUGAGGAAGUACAAGCCGCCCGUGAAGCUGGACGCCCUCUGGCAUAUGCCUCACUUCCAGAAGGUCAGGCUCGCUCCCUCCCCGCACCGGGCGGCACCCCUCACCUCCCUGGCGGGGUCCCCGUCCUCUCGACAGCGAGCUCUGUGGGCUCCCAGCCACCCAGUAAUACCAACAGCAGCGCUGCCAGCCCUGAGCGCAUCCUCGUGCCGGCCUGGCUCAGGUCACGACCUUCACACUCCCUGA